GUCACAUGGUUACCAGGCAGCUUCUCAUCACCAUGGUAACUGUUUGGACCCCUCUGGAGAGAGAGAGUCAGUGUUAAUAUAUAUCCACUGCUCGUUCGCCCCUCUCUCCCCCAUCACUAUAAAUAGACAAAACAUAUAGAUUCACGUACAGAAAAGUGUGUGUGUGUGCGUGUGUGUGUGUCCUAUGGUCUUCUGUUCGAGCUAGUGAAGCUAACAUGCUAGCGUUUGUGUAUUGACGUUUAUAUGUAAAUAUAAAUAUUUAUUAUCAAUAAAAAAGAGUUUGCUGCUACUACUUUAUUUGUUACAUUUAGUAAUUUUGAUGAUUUUAACUUCACCAAAGAAUCAAAGGAUUGAUAAUAAUCUUCAAAUCAAUCAAUAAUAGAACAUUGGUAGAGAUGUAAUGAUGUCAUUAUGUGAUGUCAUUAUUAUCAAUACGAUCAAGUGAUCACUGAUGUUUUAGCUCCGUGUUUGGUCUCAUGUUCAUAAACAGCUGUUCUACUGAGCAUCCUCCUCCCUCCGCUGGCCUCCCAUUGGUCAGAUCUGCUGUGAUGUCAGCCUGUCCAACAGAUACAGUUUGAUUUAUGAAGAUGAAUAGUUAAACUGCAUGGAACCAAUCCCAAAGCUCAUACAGCCGAUCAGCUGACUGCCCCUGAGGGGAGAGACAGGUAAAACAGGUGAGACAAAGUUCAGACAAAGGUGAGAGACAGGUGAGACACAGGUGAGACACAGGUGAGACACAGAUAACACAAAGCUGUCUCUCUCUCUCUCUCUCCCUCUGUCUGUCUGUCUGUCUCUCUCUCUGUCUCUGUCUGUCUCUCUCUCUCUCUCCCUCCGUCUCUCUCUCUCUCCCUCUGUCUGUCUCUCUGUCUCUCUCUCUCGCGCUCCCUCUGUCUGCCUUUCUGUCUCUCUCUCUGCCUGUCUCUAUCUCUCUCUCUCCCCCUGUCUGUCUGUCUCUCUCUCUCUCCCUCUGCCUGCCACUCUCUCUCUGUCUGUCUGUCUGUCUCUCUCUCUCUCCCUCCGUCUGUCUGUGUCUCUUUCUCUCCCUCUGUCUGUCCGUCACUCUCACUCUCUCUCUCUCUGUCUGUCUCUCUCUCUGUGGUGAGGCGGUGGACUAGUGGCAGAAAAGGUCUCUGGUUCGACUCCACGGAGGAACAACAAAAAGACGAACCUGGAUUGAUCUGUCCAAAAAUCCAAGAGGAUUCUCCCUACCCUGUCUAGUGCCCCUGAGCAAGGCACCUUACUCCCCCAACAUCUGCUCCCCGGGCGCCGUACAUGGUCGCUCACUGCUCUGUGUGUCCUGCACCAGAUGGGUCAAAAGCAGAGGUUACAUUUCCCUCCCUGCAUGAGUGUGUCUGUGACAAAUAAAUGCAUCUUAAUCUUAAUCUCUCUCUCUCCCUCUGUCCACCUGUAUCAUAAUGUGUUUGAAACCCUCAGCUGUGUUUUUAAUGUGUUGAACUACAUGCUGAUUUUGUAUUUUUAGCAUGUACUGUUCUUAGCAUGUUAGUAACAUGUGACACUUCAUGUUGUUAGUGUUAUAGCAACAAAUAGAAGAUGAAAUCGGUCUCAACCUUGUAACCAGAUCAUAAAUGAAGACGCCAACCAAGUAUUGAGUUCAAUCAGACGGUAAACUUUAUUUUCAAAAUGUAAAUGAAAUCAAAUGCAAAUAAUCAAGAUUUUUCAAACUAUGGAAACUGGAGGUAAAAAAUAAUCAAAGGAAGAGGAAGGGUCCUUCCUCCCCUAACUCAUAAAGACCAAGAUGAAGCUGGAUAGAUGUUCAGAAGGAUCAACUUCCUGUUCUUAACUCAACACGAGUCAAACAGAAACUUAGUGAUCAGUGAUGAAGCUCAGUCCCAUGUGAGGAUCCUCUCCCAGGACACACACAUGCUGAUGGAACUGAACACAACAACAAGACAACACAUCAACACAACAACAGGAUUCACUACAUGAGAAGAACCAGUUUGUAACUUCAUGUGUAAAGUGUUGAUACAUCACGUCUGAUGGAGAUGAAGCAGCAGAUGAACUGAGGAGUUCCUGAUGGUAGAAGAUGUGAGGAGACAUGUUGUGUAUCACGAAGUCUGGUUGUGAUCAUAGUCCAUGUGUGAGCGAGAUGUUAGCGUGUUGAACUAUAUGUUGUCAGCUUGUUUUUAACUUGUGGGUUAACAUGUUGUUGGCAUGUGACUGAACACUGUGACAGACUGUGAACUAAAUCUGAUCAGAUUAUCAGCCUGCCGUGUCUCAGUGUCUCAGUGUCUCGCCUGCUGCAGAGCAGAUGGUCUCCACUUGUCAUGAAGCUUUAACUUGAAAAUACAUUUUCAAUUGGAUUUUUAUCAUCGUCAGAGGUCGUGUUGAUCCUGAAGACAGACAGGUAAUUGAAUUGAUCGUUGAUAUCAGUGAUCACUCAGACGUCCUGUCUGAGUUUUGUUUAAAAGCAAUAACAUGCUUAAUGUUUUGGAGGUUUGAUUUCAUACAUGUGAUUUAAAUGAUUUAUUUAUAUAUGAUUGUUAGAAAACAUGUGUUUGAAAAUAUAACAAGUUGAAACAACUUUUGAUAUUUGAAAGCGCAAGAAUAUACAUAUAUAUUUCCUUUUGUUUUUUUUGGUGAUACGGUGAUAAAUCAGUUUAUAUCAGGUCAACUGACCCAAGUGCUUUAUAACUAACCCUGACCCUAACUAAACCGUUAUAACCAACUCUAACAUGUUAUAACUAACAUUAAUAAACAGUUGAAUGAUGAAUGUUUUAUGUGAUGAUAAGACACAGACAACAAGUUAAGCUAUGAAAUAAAGUUUAACCCGAUACGCACAUUGAAAUUGUUUGUAAAAUAACUGUUUAGUCUGAAUAAGCUUAGAUUCUCAAUAAAUCAAAUUUUGGUCAGAUAAGAACUGAUCACAGUUUUAGAUUCUGAGGUUUUAGAAUCAGAGGUUUUAGAAUCUGAUGUUUUAGAAUCAGAGGUUUUAGAUUCUGAGGUUUUAGAAUCAGAGGUUUUAGAAUCUGAUGUUUUAGAAUCAGAGGUUUUAGAAUCUGAUGUCUUAGAAUCAGAGGUUUUAGAAUCUGAUGUUUUAGAAUCAGAGGUUUUAGAACGGGACGUUUGACUGUGAUGAGGUGUUUAAAGUCUCUAACUCUAACCCUAUGUGUUAAUCAGUAAGAUUAAAGUGAUGCUGACAGACACAGACACUGAGUCUCAGAGAACUGACGACCAGCUGCUGCACGCUACUUCAGACUGUAAACAGGUUAAGUUAUUCACGUGUUCUGUCAUCGUCUUACGAAGAACCUCAGGAGAUGGAAUGUGGAGGUUCUCUGGUUCUCUGCAGAAAGGUUCUUUAAGGUUUCUGAGAUUCAAAAUGUCCACUUCAGAAGUUCAGGUUGAGAGUUAAUUGAAGAGGUUCAAACAUGAACGUUUUAAUGUCCCUUGAUUGAUUGGAUUUGAUUUUUCCGUUGAGUUGAAGCUUGUUACAUUUAAAAGUGUAAACAUCUGACAUUUUGGUGUUUGCCAUUAUCUCUUUGAAAAUCGGUUUGACAGUGAAGCACUAUGAAUCCUGGGAUCCGUUGAGCUGAGGAGGAUCCGGCUGUGGGGAUGGAAGGACGUGUCUGAAAGAACAGUCGAGACACUAUGACACCUCUUGUCCUCAAAUGCAGCAUCUGAUGGAGGUGGAGCCUGGACUAAGACUCCAUCGUGAUAAAGAGGAUAAUGAGCCACCUUCAUGUUUUCUGUGCUGUUUGUGUUUCAGGAUGAUGGUGAACGAUCGAUGGACCAUCAUGAACAACAGCAGUUCAGAGCUGGACAGCAAGCGGCCAAUCAAACACAAGUGCUGCAGCUUCCUGUUGUGGUUCUUCAUCGUGUUGAUGGUCACAACCGCCAUCGUCACAGCGACAGUCACCAUCCUGUACCUGAACCAGUUUCCUCUCCCGUUCAUCAGCAGGGGCGGAGUCUCGUCCUCACCUGUGAUUUCAACCAAUUCCAAAGAGUCUGGCGCCCUGGUGACAGUGUCACGUGUCACAGCAGGAGAACCAAUCAGCAUCUUCCUGGACCCCAACUGUCCGGACUACGGUGAGAGCCUCCUGCGGUGGGAGGCGCUGCAAAGCUCCGUGCUACGAGCGCUGACCAAUCACAACGCAGACGACUGGCAGGACGUAGGACUGGUCCAGAAACUAGCCGAGGAGCUGAAGGUGUUAUCAGGCCACGCCCACAACCUGAGGGUGGAAGCUGAUUCGCUGAAAAGAGGUCAAGGAGUUCUGGACCAGCGCCUGGACGGACUGCAGAGCGAGCAGAGCCGCGUCCUGCAGGUGCUGGCGGACGUUCACUCAGGUAUGUCCACGAUAACAACAGGUGUCAGUGAUUCUCUGCUCAGCCUGCAGAGGGAGACUGAGAGUCUGAGGAGACUGAAGGCAGAGCUGCACAGACACAAUGACGACAGAGCGGUCAGACCCAGAGACUGCAGUGAUGUCAUGGCGUCUGGCGUCUCUCAGGACGGAGUUUAUUCUGUUUUUCCGACACAUGACCCCGACGGCUUCAUGGUCUACUGUGACAUGACAACUGACGGAGGAGGUUGGACGGUGAUCCAGAGGAGGCAGGAUGGGUCCGUCAACUUCUUCAGAGGCUGGGACGCAUACCGAGACGGCUUCGGACAAACAACAGGAGAACAUUGGCUGGGUCUACAGAGGAUCUACUCCCUCACCAGGUCAGGUGGGGUAGAGUUACGUAUCGACAUGGCUGACUUUGAUAACGCCACAGCGUUCGCUCGUUACACCGAUUUCUCUGUCGGUCGAGACUCAGUGAAUCCAGAGGAGGACGGAUACCCGCUGACCGUCGACCAGUUCUCUGGAACUGCAGGUGACGCCCUCCUGAAGCACUCUGGAAUGCGGUUCACCACCAAAGACAGGGACCAGGACCAGUCGGAGAACAACUGUGCAGCGUACUACCAGGGGGCGUGGUGGUACCGUAACUGUCACACCUCCAACCUGAACGGCCAAUACCUGAGCGGAGGCCACGCCUCCUACGCUGACGGUGUGGAGUGGUCGAGCUGGACGGGCUGGCAGUACUCGCUCCGCUUCACCGAGAUGAAGAUCCGGCCCAAUGCCAGACCAGAGUCCUGAACUCUGACCCUGAACCUGGACUCUCUCACCUCCGAGUCCUGAACCUGGACUCUGACUCGAAACAAACCUGUGGGUUAAUGUUUAAUUGAUGAUGGAGGAUUAGAAACAUUUUAAAGACAACCAAAGUUGUUAUUGUUUGAGAAUAAAGUUGUUGACUGCGAAAGUAACAUUUGUUUCAGUUGAUCUUCUAAGAAGUUUCAUAAUUUCUCCAGAAACAAUCAGAGUUUGGGUUCAGAAGCAGUGGAACUCCAGAGAGGGUUCGACUCGCUGCUUAUUUUGUGUUUUUCUCAUAAUAUUCCAACACUCUGUCGUAUUUAUUAUUCAUUAUCCUUGUAAAAAUCAAUUGUGUUAAAACACUGAAUUUAUUUAUUCCCUGAUCUUUUCUGUAAAAAUUCUAACCAGUUUUGUUCAAAGAAGUUUGUCCAGCAGGUGGA